AUGAUCUCGCUAUCCUCUUUUGUUCAAAAGGCCUCGUCGCUGAUUGACCCGGCCAACUUCAACAUUCCUUCCCUUUCCUCCAACGACAACAAUCCUUCCAAGGCUUCACUAUUCCGCCAACAGUUCCGCCUACCCGACUCCCAAAACCCUUUGCAGGAAAUUACAGCUGAACUUAUCCUCCCUCUACCGACUUCUUCCUCUGAUUCUGCAGAUGGUGCCCGCCGGGUAGACCGGCCUGGUAAUCGAUAUACCGGUCGGUUGCACCUUAGUGAGCGAUUCAUCUGCUUCUCGACACAACCGACCAGUUUCAUACCCUCGUCGACAUUGAGCGCUUCAACAAGUUGGACCGGACAAACGCAUGGCACAGGGCCGUCUGGUAAUGGCUUCACUUUGCCGCUCUCCUCCAUCCGCCGUGUUGAACGACUCCACAGUGCCCGAGACGUGUUCUCCUUGGCAUUGACAACAUGGAAUGGAUUGCUGAACAAGCAGCAAGAGCCCAACUUCGCCCCACAGCGACUCAUUCUCCAGCUAGUCGGUAGCAGGCAGGCCUGCGAAAGAUUCUGCGAUUGCCUGAAGAAGGGUCUUCGGGAAGGUAUGAAGGAGGUUGAUAAUCUUAGAAGCGUUGUUACAGACUGCUACUCCGAAUACUUGCUUUCCGGUGCAAAGGCGAAAGACGCAAAUGAUGGCGAAGGGCGGCAGCCUCCAGAUGCCGGGCUGGGUAUGCUCUUCCGCUAUCCUGGCGAUGCUCGGAAACUUCGAGAUCGCAGCAAGAUGAGACUCUGGGGUGAAUACUUCCGAGAAAAUGGCCGUAACUCCACCCUUGUUCGGCAACCAACUUUCCACAAGCUUAUCCGAGUUGGUUUGCCAAAUCGGUUACGAGGAGAGAUUUGGGAGCUCACGGCGGGUUCAAUGUUUCUUCGUAUCCGGUCACCCAAGCUCUACGAAGAGACACUCACCAAGUUUGACGGUCAGGAAUCUCUGGCUAUCGACGAAAUCGAGAAGGAUUUGAACCGCAGUCUACCCGAGUAUCCGGGCUUCCAGAGUGAAGAGGGAAUUGGGCGACUGCGGCGAGUCCUGACUGCUUAUAGCUGGACCAAUGCCGAAGUUGGCUAUUGUCAAGCCAUGAACAUUGUUGUUGCUGCAUUACUGAUAUAUAUGUCCGAAGCCCAAGCCUUUUUCCUCCUCUCCGUCCUGUGUGAUCGCCUCCUACCAGGCUACUACUCCACUACAAUGUACGGAACUCUGCUCGAUCAAAAGGUCUUCGAGUCCCUCGUAGAGAAGACCAUGCCCGUUCUUUGGGAACACCUCGCCAAAUUCGAUGUACAGCUUUCCGUUGUGUCUCUUCCCUGGUUCCUCUCUUUGUACAUCAACUCGAUGCCUCUCGUCUUUGCUUUCCGUGUGUUGGACGUUUUCUUCCUUGAAGGCCCCAAGGUCUUGUUCCAAGUUGGCCUCGCCAUUCUUCGCAUCAACGGCGAGGAGCUUCUCGACAUUCAAGAUGACGGAUCGUUCAUCUCCGUGCUCAAGUCAUACUUCUCUCGCCUUGACGAGUCAGCUCAUCCCAGAUCGGAGAACCCUAAGCUUCGCGCUAUCACCAGAUUCCAGGAACUGAUGGUGGUUGCUUUCAAGGAGUUCUCCGGCAUCACGCAUAGCACGAUCACUGAGCAGCGUGAGAAACACAAAGACGCCGUUUUGAACAACAUUGAAAGCUUUGCUAAGCGUACUUCGAUUCGUAAUCUCGGCCCUGAGAGCAAGCGCCUGAGUGUGGAUGAUCUCGGCACGAUCUACGACCGCUUCUACGAGACCUUGUACCAGUGGCAACAACAUCAACAAGUCGCCGAGGAAGAGCGAAUCCGCCAGGAGAAGAAGAAAUCAGAACGGCAAUCCGUUCUCGGACCGCCUGUAGAUAGGCAGGUCGGCCGAGUGGGUCUUGGACCUAGCCCUACUCACAUGGACUAUGAUGCUUUCCGAGAGUUCUUGGCUGCGACCUCCAAGUGGGCUGUUUCUGACUCUCCUGCUCCCGCUAGAAAGGAAUCGUCAUCUUCAGGAUACGGCAGUCUCCGAGGCAAUGGCAAGUCCUUGUUGUGGGCCAACCGACGCCAACCUGCCGACCAUGAGUUCAUGCAACGGCUGUAUCGCAAGUGGGCUACUGACCCCGAAGAGGGACUGAGUCUACAGAACGUGGUAAAUGGCUUGGCACGUCUCAAGGGAGCGCCGGAUAUCAUGAACAACAUCAAUUACUUCUUCACUCUCUACGAUGAUAGUGGCAACGGCCAAGUUGACCGAGAGGGUAUCCUCAAAAUGUCCGAGGCACUACUUUUCCUUUCUCGCCGUGGGUUUGAGGGAACCAUCACUGCUACCCAGUCCCUGGAGGAUCUGAACAGCCCCCGAGGCAGUGAGCAGGCUGAACAAAACAGGCUGACCACCGAUGAGAAAUUCCUGGGUAGUGUCAGCGCGUUCAUUCGUCGCUGCUUCGAAUAUGCUGAUCCCAGUCAUCCCGAUAAUCAGAAGGCUGCCUUCUCAGACAGCACCACCGAAGUAACCGAGAAACUCGAUUCUUUUGCAAUUGGUGAUGACGAGGAGGACCUCAUUGAUGUGAACGAUGACGAAGAACCGAAAGCAUCAUCGGCUGCAGUAUCCUCGCCCCACCCAACGGAGUCGAGUCAGCAGGGCCGACCAAGAUCCGAGUCUGCCAACCCAGCUCUAGACCCGAACAACCCACUUCACAUCACUCUCCCUACCUUCCGAAUGGUUGUCCUGGCUGACGAGCUCCUGGAACAAUUCUUCGAGUCUUAUUUCCCACAAUCCUUCCAUCUCUCCGAUCAUCCCCACCCCGCCUCCCUCGCCGCCUCUUCCUCGCUCUCCUCCAACCUGACCACUUUCUCAAAUAUCGGUCACGCCCGUUCCUCCGCAUCAGUCGUCGCAGGUGCACCCGUCGCCGGUGCCUCCGGAGGUAUCGUUCCACCCGGUAAGGGUCUUCGUGGCGUCCUCGACAACAUCGUCACGGACGGUAUCCGCAUGGCCGCUGAAGUCAAGAAACGCAUGGACGACGCCCAGCGCGAGCUGGAGCGCAACGCCCUGGGUGGCCGCGACGAAGAAGAUGACGAGGACGAGGAUGACGACUAUCCCUCUCGUCAAGGCGCAUCUGCUGCCGCCAUGGCAGGUGGUAUCUCUAGCUGGGGCGCCGGCGCGUACGGUGCAGACCCCGAGCGUCGCAGUGUGCGUGAAGCCGAUCGUGACCUCCUGGAAGGUGCCGAGGCCGAAGUCAUUAGCAUUCGUGCCCCUAAGGAGGAAGCAGCAAGCCAGAGCAAGCAUAGGGCGAAAUCGCCUGCAUCAGCACAUGAUCCGGAGAUCGUUAGUGAGGUUGUCGAGUUUGAGUCCUGA